CGGUGAUGGCAGAGAAGUAUGAGUUUCACAGCCUAGUGCUGUCAGUCUCGCUGCCUGCCCAGCUGUCUGUCAGAGAGCUCUGUCACACACCACCACUCAGGACCCACCAGGAAGUUCUUCUGGGCUACAUUCACAUGGCUCACAGUCAGCGAGAGCAAUGCAGCUCUCAGGAGACCUGCACAGCUGGCCCCUCACCCUCUUCCCCUUUCUCUUUGGAAACUAUGGGCUGUUUCAUGCAGAGAAAUGUGGGUUAUGUCCUAUUAAACACCACAAAGUUGAGCAAUGACAUGGCGGGCAGCUCUAACAGCCAUCUGCCAAAAAAAGAAAAAAAAAAAUGGAGUCCAGGGUCAACAAGUGGUGCAACCAGUGUGAACAUGUGACAGAAGGCCUUCUUUCUCCAAUAAGGCUUCAGGCCUUGUAGUGGAGAAAAGGGGUGUAGCUCCUCUGAUAACUGCCAGCACCUGGGACACCAGAAAUGGCCGUGUGCUGGCAACUAUUGGAGGGAAUGGCGAAAAGCGUAGAGCCGUGCAGUGUGUUGUCAUUGUUGGGUGGCGUGGUUGUGGGUGGGUUUGGGUGGAGUUGCGGUGGGGUCUGACACAUCGGACAUCUGGCCUGCUCGUGAUCUUGUUUUUCUAAACCUGUUUUCUUGACUGUUUGUGUGAUUUUGUGGGGCGCGGCACCUUGGUGGCAGCACUCAGCCUGGCUACUGGUAAAGAAGGAAAUGAGGGAGAAGACCAUGUGUCUCGGGAAGGAUGACGUCAUCCAGGUGAAGGAGGCCUACAAGUGGAUUCUGCACAGCCUUGUGUCGCAAGAGCUGGGCGUACCUGCGCUGGCCAAGAGUCUGUUUGAGGUCAGCGUGGGCUUCAAGCACCCUGAAACUGACGGUGACUGCCACUUCCUGGCAGCCACGUGUUCUGGCUGCUUCAAACCAGCUAAAAAUAAACAGUCGGUCUUCACCAGAAUGGCUGUGGUGAAGGCCCUCGAGAAGAUAACGGAGGAAAGCUUCCGCAGAAAGUUCUCCUGCCCCCCCAAACGUCCUACAACCUUGUGCGCUCUCCAGGAGAUCCAGUGUCUCCAUGUGCCCGUCUUUGUGGCGGGGCGAUACAACAAGUUCUCACGUACGCUUCCACAGACCCCUUGGGUGAUUGAUGGUGAGAGGAGGAUGGAGUCCUCUGUGGAAGAGCUGAUCACAGCACCCCUGCUGUCUGCCUUCCAAGCAGAAGGCUUCAACUUUUCAUCUUCAGGUAGAGAGGAUGUGGACGUACGAACUCUGGGGAAUGGUCGUCCAUUUGCUGUGGAGCUGCUGAAUCCCCACAAAGCACAGUUCAGCACAGAGGAGGUCCACCAGCUCCAGGAGACCAUCAACAAAUCCUCUAGUAAAAUCAGGGUGAGGGAUCUACAGAUUGUUACAAGGGAAGCUGUGGGUCACAUGAAGGAAGGAGAGGAAGAGAAGACCAAGUCGUACUGUGCUCUCAUCUGGACCCAGAGGCCUAUUGAGGAGAAUGAUAUAGAGUUCCUAAAUGAUAUCAAGGAUUUAAACAUUGCACAGAAGACCCCUCUGAGAGUGCUGCACCGCCGACCACUGGCAGUGCGACAGCGUGUCAUCCACACGAUGUCUGCCCAGUACCGGGAUUCACAUCACUUUUGCCUACAGCUGCGCACCCAGGCAGGGACCUACAUUAAAGAGUUUGUUCAUGGGGACUUUGGCCGCACCAGGCCCAAUCUCUGUGACUUGAUGAAGACGGAAACUGACAUUCUAGAGCUGGAUGUUGAGUCUGUGGAUGUGGACUGGCCUCCUGUAAUACCAGAACCCGAGUCCCAGAAAGGCCGAAGCUCCCUCCCUGAGCAUCAGCACAAAGAUACCCCUCCCUCACAGGAGGACAUUCAGUGCCAUCCACUGGGAUCUUUAUUUUAAAUAAAUGAUCCUAGAACUAUCAUUUUUUUUGUUUUACCAGUUUUUCUUGUUCUUAUAUUUUGCUGCAUUGAGAUGAAAAUAUAUCUUCACAUCAUAGAGAAAUGGGAGAGUUAUAUUUAUUAAGAAAGACACAAACAUUACAAUU